CUGCUUGGAGUGAAGACGUGUCUUGUUGAGCUGUGCUUGGAAAGUGUGUGUUGACGUUGGUGGUUGACAGUCACAGUUGAUGUUGCAGUAAGUGUAUGUACAUGUCCUGGAAGAGCAGUAAUAGUCGUGGAGUGCCCAUGCUCCGCCAUGCCUUCUCUUGAUGGUGAGGCGGCAGCAGGAUACAGCGGCGCCAACAGCAGCAUGAGCGGGGUGAGCGUAGCACCGGUGGUGGAGGCCAGCUUCCUGUGCGAGGCGCUGCGACAGGCGCAUGGCGUUGAGGAGAUCCUGGUGCUAGAUUGUCGAGGUGCGGACGACUACGGUGCGGGCCACAUCCGCGGCGCCGUCAGCGUGGGCCUUCCCUCCCUCAUGCUGAGACGCUUGGCCUCCGGCAAGUUGAGUCUCCUGCAGGUGGUGCGUCACCUCGCUGCUGACGGGGGUGACCGCCUCGCCAGGCUCCACCAGUGUGUCCCUAUCGUCCUCUACGACCACGCCCACGCCUACAACCCCCACAAGCCCACGCUCAUGAGCAUCCUCUGCCGCAAGUUCAACCAAGAGGGCUGCAGUGCUCACUGUCUAGCAGGAGGAUUUGAUGAGUUCCGGUCGAGGUUUCCGGAAUGGUGUGAGUCGGCCUUACCAUCGGAGCCUCCCAUCGUGGGGCUGAAGAGCUUGAGAAUCACCUGUCUGGAGGCGGAGGAGGAGGCGGUGGUGGAGGGAGCGUGUGAUUCCUCCCUGGGUAGAGACACACCCCUGGAUGAUCUGGGCUUCCCCGUGGAGAUCCUGCCUCACCUCUACCUGGGCAACGCCAAAAAUUCGGGAGAUCGCGAUGCGCUUAAUAGACAUAAGAUACGGUACAUAAUCAACGUCACCCCAAACCUGCCAAAUGUGUUCGAGGAGUCUGGGAGCUACAAAUACAUGCAGAUCCCUAUAGCUGACCAUUGGAGUCAGAACCUGGCUUCAUUCUUCCCCAAAGCUAUCCAGUUUAUCGAGGAGGCGCGUGAGUCAGGCGUGGGUGUGUUGGUCCACUGCCUGGCUGGCAUCUCCCGCUCCGUCACCAUCACCGUCGCCUACCUCAUGUACAAGGAGAAGCUCAACCUGGAGGAGGCCUACGAGUACGUGCGCGUCAAGAAGGCCAACAUCGCUCCCAACUUCAACUUCAUGGGUCAGCUGCAGGACUUCCAGCAACAGCUGAACCUGUCCCCCCACAAGUGCCAGUGUGUGUCGGAGUGCCGCUGCCGCCACCUCCAUUUCCUCACCCCCGCGCGCACCUCCCCAGACUCGGGCAUCGAGUUUGACCGCUUCUCCUGAGGACUGACCCCCGCUGCCUCCACGCCCGCCGGCGGCUUCCCAAGGCUCGCCAUCGAGUCGCCGCAGCCGCCCUCCACGCCGCCCGCGGGUCUGCAGGCAGUGGCCACUGCCCCUUCCCAGGGGCUGGUUUCACCCUGCCGCCCCCACCAGCAUGGGGGGGCGCUACCAGAGGAGGAGGAGAGGGACGAGGGGGAAGGAGGGGAGGUGGAAGAGGAGGAAGAGAAGAAGGAAGGAGAGGAGAGGUCUAACCUCCCCACCUGAGCAACCUCGGCGGCGAUGGCCCCAUCCAAGUGCCAAAGGUGAGCCUCCCCUUGGUGGGCCCCACAGGUGCCCCGGGGUGCCCUUGGGGAGGGCGUGGGGCGCCACACACGGCAGGGGACACAGCACCAGCCUGUCGCCUCCUUGCCAUAAUCCAAACUCCCAGGUACAAAUUUUCUCGACGAGUGAUCUCGCUUCUUUCGGGGAACCUCGGCGGCUGGCGGCGGUGGUGGUGGUGGGCGGCUCCCCGCCUUCCCCACGCCCGCCUGCCCGACGCUUCAUUCACAGGAAAAAAUAUCUUUAUUUUUAAGGAAGAUAUAUUAAAGACAAGUUUUUUUGGAAAUGUGUGGUGAAGGCUGCCACAAGUUGGCCUCUGACAGCCGGUGUGUUCAGCAGUGGACGUGUAGCCAGUGUGUGGAGAUGUGUUGAAGGCUUCUCGACUCGGCUCGUACAAACUCAGUUGCCAGGACAAACAACGCUCCAAAAAGUUGGAACUUCAAAAAUGAUAUUUAUUCAGCAAAACAAAAAACUAUUCAAAUUAAAAAAGUGAUAUAGAUCUCGCAGUAUUUUCAUAACAGAUAUGAAGAAAAUAUUAAAAAGCAUCGUUGGUGAUUUUUUUUCUUUUCUCCUUCUGGAAACAGACACAGUUGUUUUUAGAAGGACAGACUGACAGCCUUGUGUGUGUCGUACCUCGGUGUUGUUGGUCGUAAGCUCAACGUGUAUAGCAGCAUCUCCUUCAGUUACCGCUGACGCCUUCUGAGAGCCAACACCUCCCAGGACCUGGCAGGACGCCUCCUCCACCUGGCUUAUGUAGGGUGUUUCUUCACCUUCGGUAACGCCGAAGGACCCUGGAACACUCAAGCCAAAACAUCAGGUGUUUGCAGGACCUUUAGCUACAACACCAGGUGUUCCGGGACCUUCAGGGCCUUGGUGGACACUCCAGUCAUGACACCAGACACACAGCGUGUUGAGGCUGGAGGCAGUCCAUGUGAUGUGUUGAUGUUCACCUUCCCGGUCCUGCAGGAGGUCUGGCUUCACCUUCCAGGUCCUACAGGAGGUCUGGCUUCACCUUCCAGGUCCUACAGGAGGUCUGGCUUCACCUUCCAGGUCCUGCAGGAGGUCUGGCUUCACCUUCCAGGUUCUGCAGGAAGUCUGGCUUCUCAUGUGUAAAUUGCUUCAAGCCGAAAUUAACAGACAUAGCUUAAAAUUAUACGGAAUGGACUAUGUACAAAAUUUUUAUAUAAUUUCUUAUGUAUCAGAUGAACUUUUUUUUCUUCGUUGAAAAAAGAAACCUAAUAUAUUUUUAACAUGUAACUCAAAGCGGCCAAUGUGUGCGUGUUAUUAACUAGUGAACACUGCUGUACUGUACACAGUUACUGGUCCCUCGAGUAACAUUGUUCAUAUCAACGCUCAAAUGACCGGGUCAGCCGGGGUCAAGGAGUUGGCCGAUUCUCACUUGACCUAAGUAACUUCUUGACCCCUCUGACCUUCUCUCCCCCAACCCCCCUCCUGUGACCCCUAUUCUCCAGGUCUUCUCUCCUCCAUCCCCUCCCUCCUCCCUUAACAAACUCUCCUCUCAUCCUUCACCUCCCCCUCAAACAAUAUAUUCGUUGACGCUUUGAUACAAAAAAUAUAGGAACUAUAAGAUAUUCGCACAAUUCUUGGAGGAGUGGAACCUGUGGUCUCCAUAACCAGCCGCCGCAUAUGUUAUACAUGUGUGGGGGACGACUGUAGCCGUCAGUGCCUUGACAUCAAUCAUUUUUCUUUGUGUAUUUUAUGGAAGCUGUAAGUAAGGUUUUAUGUAAGUGUAGUUUUCAUCCACGCUCAUACAAGAGAGUAUAUAAAUAUAUAAAUAUAUAUAAAUUAUAUAUAUUAGAGUGUGUAUAUAUCACAUGAUGGGUAUGUGUAGUAUACAUACACAUGGCUAUGAAUAGUAUUUUUGACACUUUUCUCAAACUGACUUAACUGACUUGGCCACAGCAACAUGUAUGGUUACCUGUCCACCACCCACCUGUCAACCACCCACCUGUCAACCUCCCACCUGUCCAUCCACCCUCUCGCCUGUCUAUCCCUCACCCUCAUACCUGUCCACUCACCUAGCCAUGGUAGUGUCACCGGCCUCCAUGGUUGGUUUUAUUGUAGAGGAUUUACACACACACUACUGCUACUACUACUUACUACACACACACACACACACACACACACACACCAAACAGUAUUUUGUAAACAGAUUCACAAUUUCACAAGUCAGUAUUUUCCUCCUUCCACCCCCACCUUCACCCCCCACCUUCACCCCCUCCCUUACCAGUCAGUAUUUACUAUAGAUAAUUCCCCCUUAAACACACAAAGUCAGUCUAUAGAUGAUAACCUCAUAACACACAAUUACCUAAGUCAGUGAUCUGAUGAACUAACGCCCCUCCAGCCAGUAUCGUCGUCUCUCAAAAACACAAGUGUCACAACCAUGAUUUUGUUCACACACACAUUGCAUUAAUAACUAUAGGGUGGAAAGAUUAGCCAGUCUUGCCAGAGUAUGAUGGUGAUUGGGUAUUGUUGAGGUAUAGGAUUGGUAAUGGAUUAGUUUUUGUUAUUUAAAUUGGCUUUUCAUCGUCACGUUAACCAACUUUUUUUUUAUCAAUGUAUUUUUUUCUUCAAGGGUCCAUUAAAAGUAUGGGGAGGGGGGGAGAGGAGUUGUUUACAGUCAAAAGUAAACAGAGGGUAAAAUAAACAAAGUCGACUAUAUUUGGGUAAAAAAAAAGGUUGGUUUGCCAUUUUAACAAAUGUUUUGAAACACACACACACACACACACACAUACACAAACACAAAACUCGGGUGAAGAUUUCAUUCCUUUUUUGAUAUUGUAUUUAACAGAAAAGCCGAAUUAGGUAGUGCACUUUUUUAUAUACUAUUACAUCUAAGGUAGGAAGAAAUAAUUUGUAGUGUAGUGAUUUUUUAUAAACUUUUGGGUGUUGACAGUGUGGUGGUAUUGUAGGUUCACUUAAACACUGCUGGCUGUUAUGGUACAAUAAUUACUGCUGGCGGUGUUAUAGUACAAAUCACUGCUAGUGGUUAUUAAAAAAAAGUCAUAUAGUACACUUAACAUCAUCAACACAACAACCACCACUACCACUAUUGUUAUGGAUACACAGAAGUUAAAAAAAGAACGACGGUGCUUUGUAAAGAGAAAAUAUAAACCAUCCCCCUUUUUUAUUAUUAUACUUAAACCAAGCUGCUGGAUUUUCUCUAUAUUUAAAACAAAAAAAAAACAAAAAACAAAACAAAAAAGUCGAAUUCUCCAUCCACUUUUCUUCUGUAUACACUCAUCCAUCCAUCCGCCAACCCACCACGUCAUUCACUCGACAGCUUCCAAAUGUUCUCCUCAGUCUUAGCAAUACCGAAUUUUUGGUCAAUAUGUAAAACGAAAACCUCUUAACAGUCGGGAAGGAUAGUCGUGAGGCCAAAAAAAUAACUAAAAUAAAAGCAAAUAAAACACAUUUGAUGUAUAUACAGUAUAUAUAUAUAUAAUUUUUUUUUAAACCAGCUGAUAGAAAUGUAUACUAUGAUCAGUAUUUGACAAAUGUAUAUACAGUACUACUGCACUUUGAUCAAUGUUGAGUGAAAAUGUAUUAAGUUGAUCAGUGGUUAUUUUAAAGCUGACUGAUCAAAUGUAAUACACCUUGAUUAAAUGUAAUGUCCAAAAAAGUUAAAUGACCCCACAAAGGAUACAAGAUUAUUAUUAUUGUUUUUGUUACUAGACUCGUUUUCAACAAGACUAAAAAACAUCUUGAGUGAAAGAAUAUUUUAUAUCUUUAAAAAAAAGGCACUAACUGUAGUCUCUUUGUAUUUUUAACUGAUUUUUUUUUGGCCCAAUGUACUAUUCUGCCCAGCUGUUCAUUUAGCAUAAUGGUUGUCAGAAAUUUUAAAGAUUUUUUUUUCUGUCAACCAAUUUGCUAAUUUAUCAUUUCCCAGAGAGAGAAAGAGUGAGAAAUACGAUGUCUUCUAUUUUGAACUGAUUAUAUGAUACAGAAGAAAGAAGAAACAACAAAAAAAUAAUAGAAAAAGAGAAUAGUUUUUUGUAAUAGUAAUCACUGUUAAUGUUAUUGCUCUAUUUAACUAGGACUAUCGUUAUGAUGACUCUCCUUAAUAUGAUUAUUAUUUUAACAUGAGUUACUGUAAUUAGUAUAUCAUUUAUUAUUAUUGAAUCUUCCUAUUUUCUUUAGGUUUAUAUUGUAAUGCAAUAAACAAGACAAGUUUUA